AAAAAAAAAGAGUUGUGCUGGUAUAUACUAUAACACAUGACUAAUAAGAGUUUGAGGAACCAACAUCUAAAUAGCCCAUUUAUAGAUGUGUAAAGACUGAAGGCGAAGCUCUUAUAGACUCAUUAUCUAGUUUUAAGAUAGGACACAUUUUUGCUGCCUUCCCUCAGAUCUGUGGAGUAUUUUAUUCUCAUACUUUUUUGGGGGAAAAAUGCAUCACACAUUCAUUUUCUUAAUAUGUUUGUGGCAUCUGGUUGAUGGAGUAAAUAUAGUGUUGGUGAUGGAAGGAGAUUCUGUUACUCUACACACUGAUGUUACUGAGAUACACAGACACUAUAAACAAUAUUUAUAUUGGUGGUUUGGACCUGAAGAUACUCGUUUAGUUGAAGUCAUUCAGUUUGAUGAGAAGACACAGGAUAUUAGAUAUUAUCAUGAUGUGAUAUUCAGAGACAGACUACAGAUCGACAAUCAAACUGGAUCUCUGACCAUCAGGAACAUCAGAACCACAGACUCUGGCCUUUAUCAAGUGAACAGUCCAUUAUUAACAGAAUUAUUUAAUGUUACAGUCUAUGCUCGUCUUCCCAUUCCUGUCAUCACCAGAUACUCUACAUGUUCUUUAUCAUCAGGAUCAUUACAGAAUUGUUCACUGCUGUGUUCAGUGUUGAAUGUGAGACAUGUGACUCUCUCCUGGUACAAAGGAAACAGUGUAUUGUCCAGCAUCAGUGUGUCUGAUCUCAGCAUCAGUCUCUCUCUACCUCUGGAGGUGGAAUAUCAGGAUAAUAACACCUACAGCUGUGUGCUCAACAAUACCAUCAGCAACCAGACUCAAUAUCUGGACAUUACUCAACUAUGUCAAGACUCUGUACAUUGUUGUGGUUUCACUGAAGCUGUGAUUCGAUUGGUCAGCUCUGCUGUGGUGGGCGUGACUACUCUUACAAUAGUGAUUCAUGACAUCAUAUCCAGAAGAGCUGAAAAGAAGUGGAGAACAUCACAAUCAGCCAUUUAUAGCUGCAUGAAAGCUUCAUCCGUUAGACUCUGUAUUUACAGUUUUAAGAUACUGAAAGCAUCAGUAGAUUUCUUUAGUGCAUUAAUGACACUUUCUGUUGUGGCUUUUCAGAUCAAUGUUUUUAUCUACUGCCUAAAGAUGUUUCACAUAUUCAUAUUCUUCUGUUUGUGGCAUCUUGUUGAUGGAAUGAAGAUAGUGACAGUGACAGAGGGAGAUUCUGUCACUCUACACACUGAUAUCAAGAUGCCAUAUAAGAGUUAUAUGCGUUAUAUGCGUUUUAUGCAUCAUAUAGACUGGCUGUUUGGACCUGAACGUAAGCGGAUAGCUAGAGUCAUUCAGCAUGAUGAGGAGACAUAUGAUAUUAGAUAUUAUUAUGAUGAGAUAUUCAGAGACAGACUACAGAUCGACAAUCAAACUGGAUCUCUCACCAUCAGGGACAUCAGAACAACAGACUCUGGACUUUAUCAACUGAGAUGUCGAUUCAAAAGAGAAUCAUUCAAUGUUACAGUCUACGCUCGUCUUCCCACCCCUGUCAUUACCAGCAACUCUACAUGUUCUUCAUCAUCAGGAUCAUUACAGAAUUGUUCACUGCUGUGUUCAGUGUUGAAUGUGAGUGCUGUGACUCUCUCCUGGUACAAAGGAAACAGUUUAUUGUCCAGCAUCAGUGUGUCUGAUCUCAGCAUCAGUCUCUCUCUACCUCUGGAGGUGGAAUAUCAGGAUAACAACACCUACAGCUGUGUGCUCAACAAUACCAUCAGCAACCAGACUCAAUAUCUGGACAUCAGUGGACUCUUCCAGACACGUGCACACUCUGUACAUUGUUGUGGUUUCACUGAAGCUGUGAUUCGAUUGGUCAGCUCUGCUGUGGUGGGCGUGGCUACUGUUGCAAUAGUGGUGUAUGACAUCAGAUUCAGAAGGGCAGGACAGAAGCUGAAAACAUCACAAUCAGACCCUGAAUGAUGAGCCAUGUGUUCUGGGCACUAGGACUACCCUCUUACCUUCUCAGAAAUCAGGAAGGUUAGACAAUGGUUAAAAUGAUUCUUUGGCAAACUGAUCUGAAUCAACAUGAUUACUUUAUGAUUUUUUUUCAUAUACAGAAUA